UCUGCUAUUGACUUCAAGUCAUUGCUGAAAACGCAUCAGUCCUCUUCAAUGUGCAAGUGAACACUGUUGCAUCACCUAAAAUGGCAAUGGUUUUACCGGAGCUGUUUGCAAAAUCAAAUCGUAUUACUACAGUCAUCAUCCAAAAGCAACUGAAAACGUAUAAUCAUUUGAUGAAAUGGAAAAAGAACGCUUCCGUUUUGGAAAUUGGUCAUGGAGAGGGUGGAAAUUUUCUGAAAUCAUUCUAUCCUUACUUACCAUCAGAUGUGAAAGAGUAUGUAGCUACCGACAUUUCAGAAAGUAUGAUAAACUACGCUAGGAAAAACUCAGUACUUCCUUGGAUGGAAUUUGGACAACUGGACAUAGCUGCAGAGCAAGUUCCAUUGGAAUACUUGAAUCGAUUUGAUCACAUUUUUGGUUUUUUCGUUAUGCAUAUGGUGAGACAACCAAGACAGGCUUUCAAAAAUUUGUUGAACAUACUGAAAGAAGACGGUACAAUAUUCCUAACAUUUUUCAAAUAUAUUCCUUUCGACGUAGCUCUGGACAGAUUAAGCAAACAUCCAGAAUGGAAACAAUAUAACCCAGAAAAUUUCAUGUCGCCGUAUUAUUAUAGCCCCAGUCCUCGUGAAGAAUGGGAAAGGGAUUUGGUUAAAGCUGGUUUCCAAGUAUAUGAAUUAUUCGAAGAUUCUGGUAUAUAUGAACAUGUUGAUGAGAAUGAGUACGAUAAUUUAUUUCAUUCUACCUGUACCAUUAUGCCGAGCAUACCAGAAAAUAAACGAAAGAGAUUCUGGAAAAUUUACUUAGAUUCAACCAAGAAUGGUAUAUACAACUACGUUCAAAUUCGAGACGACAGGAAGAUAUUUUUCACCAAUUACACAAUGUUUGUGGCCACUGCUAGGAAAAUAUAAAAGAUAUUUCAUUAUAUUUCAAUAAAUGUUAGUUCUGUUA